AUGCUCCCUCAUGAGAAGGAAAUAUUCCAAUCAUAUGACGAUUCAGCAAAAACACCGAAGUAUUGGAUUCCGGCCAGUUGGGCCCUUACCAUGACAUAUCAAGCGUGGAAACAUGGUCAUAUUGAGAGUGCCAAAUACAAAGUUACCCUUCAAGAGCAAAUUAGAAAAUGGCGUACGGAUAUGGAAUGGGUAUUCAAUUAUGACUGGGUACCUCUGCCCCUAAUGUAUCCACAGGUCGUUUGUUUAGCUGUACACCUCUACUUCCUCGUCUGCAUACUUGCGCGUCAGAAAAUCGUCAUCGAACAUGAGAUUGGAAAUGAGAUCGACUUCUACUUCCCAAUAAUGACCGUAUUACAAUUCAUAUUCUAUAUGGGAUGGAUGAAGAUGGGAAUGAUGAUGGUCGAUCAAGGCUAUGAUCGCCCACCAGAGCUUCGACGUGAUCCUUUCUGGGAAGGAACUCACCCUCUUCUACUCUGA